GAGUCGCGGGUCAGCUCUGCGAGCGCCCCGCGCUGGCCUGUCCGGCCCCGCCCCCGCCCCGGGCCAUGGCCCAGCCCUUGUCCCGGCCCCUCGUCCUAUCCCGAUCCCGGCCUUGGCCCCCGGCCCCGCCUUCGCCCCGUUUCCCAAAUCGGCCUCAGUCCCGGCCUGGGUCCCAGCGAAUGCCAAGGUCCGGAUCCCUACCCAGGUUCCCCCUCCGGUCCCAGUCUCUGCCCCGGGCCUGGCCCCUAUCCCCGCUUGGGCCCUCGUACCAUACCCUGUCACAAAUCCCAGCACAGCCCCUGUCCCAACCGCAUUCCCAGUGUUUGCUUAAGCCCCUGGCCCAACCCCAGCCAUUGCUCCAGUCCCCAUCACAGCCCCUCCUUCCAUCCCAUGCCCUGCCCUUGUUCAAGCCCCAGUGCCCAGCACAACCCAACCUCUUAUCUCAGCCUUUGCCCUCAUCUCUGUGUUUACACAAGUCUCUCCCACUAGCUGCCCCCCUCUCUCAUACUCUGCCCCUCUCCCAGCCUCGGCUCAGGUCUGGGCUCCAGCUGCCGCCAGCUCUAUUGCUGCUGUUGCUGUUCUCUGUCCUUGGCCCAGCGGCUGGAGGCCUUUUCCUGACUGAUUACUCCACCUGCUCACCCCGCAAGCUGAGUCCUUUCCGCUCCUUUGCCAGCACCGAGCUCUUCCACUUCCAUGUUCCCGAGGAUACGUUUCUGGCUGUUUGGAACCUCAUCAUCUUCAAGGAGCAGGGGGGAACCUUUGGGGACCACUGCCCAGACCAAAGUGUGACUGUGUAUUUCCGGUCCGGGGCACCCCCUGUCAUCAAUCCCCUGCAUACACAUUUCCCAGGGGACACAGCUGUACCUGGGGUUUUCUCACUGACCCUCAGCUGGACACUGCCCAACCGCACCUCAGGCAUCUUUAACGUCAGCAGCCCCUUGCCUGGGGACUGGUUCUUGGCUGCCCACCUUCCCCAGGCCCACGGCCACAUCUCUGUCAAGGGUCUCCAGGAUGAGUGUCAGUACCUCCUUCAGCCGCAGCUGAUUGUCCGGCGUUUGCUGGACGUUGCAGUGCUGGUUCCUGGCCGUCCCUCAGAGCAGACCCUCUCCCCCCACAAUCGCUCAGCCCUGUACAAGGUCUUUGUGCCUAGCUUCACUUACAGGGUUUCAGCACAGCUGGUGUGUGUGGGGGGCUGUGGGGUAUCUGCCUGCCCCCUGACACUGCGCCUACGUCCUAAGGCCCCACCACUGCACAACUCAAGCUCUGUGACCUGUGGAAGUGCCUCACUAUGCCAGCUGGAGCUGGCACUGCCCCCCUGGGGGCACUGGGUCUACGUGCGUGUGGAGACACCAUCCCGGGGCCCUGGAAGGACCAUCCGCUUCCAGCUGUGUGUGCAGUUGCAAGAGUGCCCACGUCCCAGCUUGUCCCGUGCCCUGGUUCCUGGAGCUGCCAUGAACAUGCCCCAGUCACUGGGCAACCAGCCACUGCCCCCAGAGCCACCAUCACUUGGGACCCCUUUGGAAGGCUCUGGAGCGACAUCCCCACCUGAACACUGCUGGCCAGUACGCCCAACUCUGCGUAAUGAGCUGGACACCUUCUCUGUCCACUUCUACAUCUUCUUUGGCCCCAGCGUGGCCCUCCCCCCUGAGCGCCCAGCUGUGUUUGCCAUGAGGCUGUUGCCAGUACUGGACAGUGGAGGUGUGCUCAGCUUGGAGCUCCAGCUCAAUGCGAACUCUGUGCGCCAGGAAAACGUGACAGUGUUCGGAUGCUUGACUCAUGAGGUGCCCUUGAGCCUGGGGGAUGCAGCAGUCACCUGUUCCAAAGAGUCCCUGGCAGGUUUCCUCCUCUCUGUCAGUGCCACCUCCAGAGUGGCCAGGCUGCGAAUCCCUUUCCCGCAGACGGGGACCUGGUUCCUGACCCUCCGUUCCCUGUGUGGGGUGGGGCCUCGGUUCGUGCAAUGCCGCAAUGCAACGGCCGAGGUGCGUCUGCGCACCUUCCUGUCCCCAUGUGUGGAUGACUGCGGGCCCUACGGCCAGUGCAAGCUGCUCCGCACACACAACUACCUGUAUGCGGCCUGCGAGUGCAAGGCUGGGUGGCGGGGCUGGGGCUGCACCGACAGUGCCGAUGCGCUCACCUAUGGAUUCCAGCUGCUGUCCACACUCCUGCUCUGCCUGAGCAACCUCAUGUUCUUGCCACCCGUGAUCCUGGCCAUUCGGAGCAGAUAUGUGCUGGAAGCUGCUGUCUACACCUUCACCAUGUUCUUCUCCACGUUCUAUCAUGCCUGUGACCAGCCAGGCAUUGUGGUUUUCUGCAUCAUGGACUACGAUGUUCUGCAGUUCUGUGAUUUCCUGGGCUCCUUAAUGUCUGUGUGGGUUACUGUCAUUGCCAUGGCUCGUUUACAGCCCGUGGUCAAGCAGGUGCUGUAUUUGCUGGGGGCUAUGCUGCUGUCCAUGGCUCUGCAGCUCGACCGGCAUGGACUCUGGAACCUGCUUGGACCCAGUCUCUUUGCCCUGGGGAUCUUGGCAACAGCCUGGACAGUACGCAGCGUCCGCCGCCGGCAUUGCUACCCACCCACAUGGCGCCGCUGGCUUUUCUACCUGUGCCCGGGCAGCCUUAUUGCAGGCAGUGCCAUCCUACUCUAUGCUUUUGUGGAGACCCAGGACAACUACUUCUACAUUCAUAGCAUUUGGCAUAUGCUCAUCGCUGGCAGUGUGGGCUUCUUGCUGCCCCCUCGUGCCAAGACUGACCACCGGGUUGCAUCUGGAGCUCGCGCUCGGGGCUGCGGUUACCAGCUAUGCAUCAAUGAGCAGGAGGAGCUGGGCCUUGUGGGCCCAGGAGGGGCCACUGUCAGUAGCAUCUGUGCCAGCUGAGAGGGGCUUUGGGCCUGGCCCUUGGGGGAUAUGAACGCUUCCUAGUUUUCUUCCUGGGGGCAUGGAGCCCUCCCAGGGAUAAGAGACAAGCUGUAUUUUUUGAGGACAUGGAGUCUUUCUCAAGGACACAGAACUCUUCCAGGGACCUGAAGCCCUUCCAGGACAUGGAGAACUUCCCGAGGGGCUGGAGUCCUCCUGCAUCCAUGGAAUCCUUCUUAAGGACUAGAGCCUAUGCAGGGCACAGGGCCCCAUCAGGACCGAGGAGUCCCUCCUAGGGGUGUGGAGCUUUUCCCAAGGAUAUGGAGCCCUCCUAAAAACAUGGAUUGCUUCUCAGGGAGACAAAGCCCUGUUGGGAACAUGGAGUCAUUCUAGAGGAAAUGGAAUCCAUCUUGGGGAAAUUGAAUCUCCAGAUUAUCCCAUAGGCUCAGCAACUCUGGCCUUAGGCGUCCUUCCCAGAGCCAGUGUCUGGGCUGUGCUAUGCUGGGGAGGGUGGGUUGCAGAACAGAUGGAGCUGGGACUGGAGUUGCGGU